GAAAUUGCCGAGAGAGGUCAGUGAGAAGGUCCACGCAACACAAAAUGGAGUACGUCAAAACACUGUUCGGUUCCCAAGCUAACGCUAAUCAACCAACUGGAGCAGAAACAGUGGAAAGAUUAGUGGAGAGAGUGCAGACUUCUGUAUUAUUGGAAGAUCGACGAGAUGCGUGUCGUGCAUUGAAAGCACUUUCAAAAAAAUUUCGGUUGGAAGUGGGUGCUCAAGGAAUGGAUGCUCUUAUUAAAAUUUUAGAAACAGAUAGAAGUGAUGCUGAAAUUGUUGGCUAUGCAUUAGAUGCUAUCUCAAAUGUAAUCUCUGGUGCUCAAGAAGAAGAUAUUAUUCCAGAAAAAUCAGAUGAAGAUUUGGGAAUUCAGUUUACAGAAAUAUAUAUAAAGAAAACAGAAAAUGUAACACUUCUUCUAGAAUUAUUAGAUGAGUUUGAUUUCAAAGUAAGAUGGCCAGCUGUAAAACUUCUAACUGGACUUCUUAUUCAUAAAGCAAGGGAAUUACAAGAAAUAAUAUUAGUUAGUCCAAUGGGAGUAUCUCGUUUAAUGGAUCUUUUGUCAGAUACAAGAGAAGUUAUAAGAAAUGAUGCUUUGCUUUUAUUAGCCCAUUUAACAAAAAGUAAUGCUAAUAUUCAGAAAAUUGUAGCAUUUGAAAACGCAUUUGAUAGAUUAUUAGAUACCAUAGCUGAAGAAGGAAACAGUGAUGGAGGUGUGGUAGUUGAAGAUUGCAUUCUAGUUAUGUUGAAUUUAUUAAAAAAUAAUACAUCCAAUCAGAACUUUUUUAAAGAAGGUAGUUAUAUUCAGCGCCUUACUUCAUUUUUUGAUCUUCAUACUGAAACUACAGAAGAAGAUAAAGGAUGGACAUCACAGAAAGUCACAAAUAUUCAUCUUAUGUUACAAAUAGUUCGAACAUUAGUUUCUCCUAAUAAUCCAGUUCAACAAUUACUUUCUUGCCAAAAGACUAUGAAUCAAUGUGGUUUAUUGCAACAACUUUGUAAUAUUUUGAUGGCUAGUGGAGUAUCUGCUGAUAUAUUAACAGAGAAUAUUAACAGCGUUGCUGAAGUUAUUCGUGGGAAUCAUAAUAACCAAGAAUAUUUUGCAUCAGUUACUGCACCUACAAAUCCUCCUAGACCUGCAAUUGUAGUACUAUUGAUGUCUAUGGUUAAUGAAAAACAACCAUUUGGACUUCGUUGUGCGGUGUUAUAUUGUUUUCAGUGUUUUCUAUUUAAAAAUGAAUUGGGUCAGGCACAAAUAAUCCAAACACUUCUACCCACGACAGCAGACACAGUGACAACAAUAACAGCUGGACAACUCCUGUGUGGAGGAUUAUUCAGCAUUGAUUCUCUUUCUAAUUGGUUUGCAUCAGUGGCACUUUCUCAUGCUUUAGUUGAUAAUCCAACUCAGAAAGAACAAUUGUUGAGAGUGCAGUUGGCCACAAGUGUUGGAAAUCCACCAGUUUCUUUAAUGAAACAAUGUGCUACUAUAUUACAGCAGGGUGGCAAAGUUCAAACAAGGAUUGGUUUAUUAAUGUUAACUAGUACUUGGCUGGCUCACAGCACUCUUUCUGUAACACAUUUUUUAAGCAUGCCAACAAACAUUCCAUUUUUGACAUCACAAGUGGCUUUAGCAGAAGGUGAUGAACUAGAGUUGUUAGUACAAGGAAUAUGUGCCUUUGUACUAGGAAUUUGCAUUGAAUAUAAUGACGAUUCACAACCGAGUUUCACCAGAGAUGAUCUUUGUCAACUUAUAGUGAAGCGGGUAGGAUUAGAUACAUUCUUAGACAAAUUAAGUAUUGUUUCUAAACAUGAAAGUUAUAGUCGAGCAGCUCAAAAUCCAUAUCUGAAAUAUAAGGCACCAAAUGAUGUACUGUUUGAUUAUGAAUUUUGUCGACUGUUUAAAUCUUUAGAAGGAUUGAUAAUCAAAGCAGUACAGCCAAAACCAAAAGAUCUGACAAAUGGCCCAGAAUCAACAAUGACACCUGAACAACAAAAACUUCUUCAGCAAUACAAAGAUGUGAUCCGUGAUCAAGAUCAAAAGUUGCAUGAUACGAAACAACAACUUGAAGAAAUAAUGACUGAACAUAAAAUGUGUACAGCACAAUUACAAGAAAUGUCUUCUUCUAUUCAACAAUUGCGUGAUCAGAAUGCACUUUUGAAAGCCCAAAGAACUGCAGCAAAUAAUAGUGGUGAAAGAGCAAACAGUCCAAAUUUAGAAUUAAAUCAAGUAAAACAGGAGCUAGAGGAAUUACGUCAGAAGUAUGAAAAGAUACAAGAAGAAUUAAAAGAAAAAAAUGAAGUAAUAUGUAGAAUGAAUGAAUCAAAAGAUAUAGAAAAUACAUCUGAAGCACAACAAAAUGAAAAUUCAGAAAGCCAAAAAAUGAUUGAACAAUUAAAUAAAGAAAUUGAAAGUCUCAAACAGAAUGUAGAUCAUCUAGAAAAAGAAUUAAAAGAGGCUCAAUCUAAGAACUCUGAAAUUGAAAAAGAGUUAAAAGAUGUUCAAACAGAAAAGUCAAAGUUAACUUCAGAACAAGAAGAUCUUCUAGUCCUACUUACAGAACAAGAUACUAAAAUUUCUAAUUAUCAGCAACGAUUAAAAGCCUUAGGGCAAGAGAUUGAAGACGACGAUGUGCUACAUUCUGAUGAGGAUUGCGGAGGAGAAAAUUUUUAAA